UCCAAGCAACAGCAGCAACAACGGAAAACAACAAAGGACAACAAUUCGGUAGACAAACAACAGCAAAAGCAUAUCGAGGAGAAGACCAAAAAGGAGAGGAGCCAGACGAAGGUGAGGAGGGAGACGAUCAAACAGGCUAUGAAACAGCUGCAGAGAGUGAAGGGGACGAAGGAAGCGAGAGUGACGACGAGUACGAGGAUGCAUCAGAAUGCAGAACCCGCACGUUUAGUGAGGGAUAUGAGAUGACAGCACAGAGGGAGAAACGGACGCACAGGAAGCUAGGAGAGGUAUCCGUGCUUCCGCAGGUAGACAGGCAGCAGAGGGGCAAAUGGUCUAGUCGACGAGACCGGCAGACUGAGGGAGGGUUCUGUGAGAAACUGUCAACACCAGUCAGUGGGAUGGAAACCAGCCUCAUCGGCUCAUUGGCGGCAGCAAUGUUGCGGCCGAGUGGUUCUUCGAGCGCCAUGUGGGAGGCUCGUGGUUCAGCAGCUUCUCAACAUGUCAAUUUGCUUGGGGAGAGCUUGGAAGUAGAGGAAGCUCAUGAUGUGUCAAGCCCGGAAGCAGCAGCAGCUACUACUGCUGCAAGAGAUGGAGGAGAUGGUGAAGGAGCGUUGCAGCAGGUAUUGAGUCAAGGCCUGGGGCCUGUUAAUGCGGAAUGGAUUCGUGGUUCAGGGAAGAAGUUUGGGUGGCACACACUUGGUUCUGCUGCGGCCGUCGUGUUGCUCGCAGUUUUUGUUACAGCAAGCAUGUUUGCUGCUGCCGGUCGAAAGUCCAAGGCUGAAGAGGUGUCAAGGGCGGGAAGAGAGGAGAAACCGGCACCGGAACACUUACGACAAGAAGAAGAACAACAGGAAGGUACGCAAGAGCAAGAAAAAGGCAAAACCGAGAAAAAAGCUAAGGAGCAAGGUGAAGACGAAGAGAAAGAAGAAACGGAAAAGGAAAAGGCGGAAGCAGAGGAAGAGGAAGAGGAAGGAGGAGAAGCAGAACAAGAGGGAGGAGAAGAGAAAUAUCAAUACGAGGGAGGAGAAGACGAAUUUGACGAGGAGAGUGGUACGGCUCAGGUGGCGCUGUUGCGGCGGCUGCAACGCUGCGUUUCCCCUGCUGCUUCUUUAGCUGCCUCCCUAAAUAAACCGGAAUCCACUGUGCUGCUGGAGAAGCUGAAGAAGCAUUUAGAAACUGCGGUGGAGUACCAGUCGGAUGCUGUGGCCGGGGAACCUGCAGCGGUGGCUGCGCUCGCUGCUGCGAACAAGGGAGCAGCAUUGGCAUUUGCGGAUGUUCAGAUGAUUGCAAGGGAUGUUUUAGCCGCAGAUGCACGCACACUAGUUGAAUUCCCCGAGGCACAGGGUACAGCCGAUGCAGGUUAUGGACCAACCUUCGAAACACCUACCGAAGUGCCACGUUUUUUGGAGGUUGCCUGCUCCCGAGCUGUGGACGUCUGCGACACCACCAUAGGCUUCCUGCGAGAAGAUGGAGUUGGAAUUCUAGAAAAGAGCAAAGACGUAUCUUCACAGUCGCAGAGGAUGGUGUUGCCUUCGGCCUUGGGCCUUUCUGCUAUGCGGUUUGCAGUGGAAACCAUCCGUGGUUGUGCGGAAAGGCAAGAAGCAGCGAUGGAAGCAGCAAAACAGCUGCAGCAGAUUCCCCUUAAGCUGUCCAAGAACAGUCAACUAGUGGAACUAGAAUAUCAAACAAAACAUCUAGGAACUCAGGAGAAAAUUUCUGCCGUGAUGCUGCAGGUUGCACACUUGGUGGAAAAGACACGAGCAAUGUCACCUGAAGAAGUACAGCUGUUGGGGGAGUGGGAUCAGAUGUAUAAGAGUGGGCAAGAGGCGCUAGUAUCGGCGCAGCAGAAACUGCAGUUGUUGAAGGGCGAGACAAGCGUGGUUGACGCCAUGGUGGCAGCGGAAGAAGCAGAGAUGGCAGGAGUACAUGCAGCAACGAUUUUCAAGGACCUACUCUCUGGACUGUUUGAAUUUUUGCCUAGGCAAGCACGGGUUGGCCCCAGCCAAAUUUUGAAGGUACUGCUACGUCUGCCGGAUUUUGUGUCUACUGGGAAGAAUAUUAUGGGCUUGACAACAGCGAUGAAACCCAUUGCUGAAGCAGUCGCAGGAAUGGAGCAGCAAGUGCGGGAGGUGGGACACAAGGUAGAGAUGCAACUGUCAGGGCUAAAGGAACUCCAAUGGGUGCCUAAAUGGUUGUUGGAAAACGUUGGGAAGCGACUCAAAUCUGUGCUAGACAAUACGAAGGUGAAGGGCAAGGCCAUCCAUGAACUUAUGGCUCAGAUGGAGAACACGCCUAGCGUUGUGCUCGAAUCUGCAGAUGCACUGGGAGACGACGCAAUAGCAGUCGUGGACCACUUCAAGGCUAUGUUGGAGCUGAAUGCGGAAGUGGAAAUUCUGGCAUUGCUGAAGGGAAUUGUAGCAAAUGCUGAAACGACCAAAACGACUGCAUUAGCGGUGAUAGCAGCUGACACGAGCAUGCAACCUGCGGAGCGCCAACUGGCAGACAAACUCAAGAAUCAGCUGGAGUAUGCAGUAACUGUAGCAGGAAAAGCAGUAGGCUUUUCCUCUCUUUUGGAUGCAUUGCAUGAGUAUGUUAUUGCUAGCGAGAAGCUGUUUAAACUGGCGGUUAUAUCAAAAUUAGAAGGUAUGCUCAAAAGCGACCCAGCAGCAGCAAAAGAGCUGCAAGAAACUGAUGCAGCGAAGGGGAAGCUUCAAACCGCCACAGCUAAAGUGGCUAAAGGCAGUGAUCUACAACAAGGGAAGGCACCGGUCCAAGCAACAGCAGAAACAACGGAAAACAACAAAGGACAACAAUUCGGUAGACAAACAACAGCAAAAGCAUAUCGAGGAGAAGACCAAAAAGGAGAGGAGCCAGACGAAGGUGAGGAGGGAGACGAUCAAACAGGCUAUGAAACAGCUGCAGAGAGUGAAGGAGACGAAGGAAGCGAGAGUGACGACGAGUACGAGGAUGCAUCAGAAUGGGUUGUGGCGAAUUUCCGCCAGAGGACCCCGAGGUCGGCAGAGGACAAGGCAUCAAGAGCGCAUAACAAAAACGAAAGCGACGUUGGUCAGAAGGAUGAUGAUGGAGCACCAAUGGAUGCGGUGGAUUGGUGCAUAGGCAGUAGGGCGGCAAAAGAGUAA